AGAGAGAGAGAGAAAGUGAGAGGUGAGAGAGAGAGAGAAAGUGAGAGAGAGAGAGAAAGUGAGAGGUGUGAGAGGGAGAGAGAAGUGAGAGGUGAGAGAGAGAGAGAGAAAGUGAGAGAGAGAGAAGUGAGAGAGAGAGAGAGAGAGAAAGUGGAUGGCGAGUCUGAAGAGGAGCAGGAGUCGGCCGGCACCGCGGAUGAGGAGGAGGACGGGGACGAGUCUGACCUGAGCUCUGAGUCCAGCAUCAAGAAGAAGUUCCUCAAGAGGAAGGGGAAGCCUGACAGCCCCUGGAUCAAGCCGGCAAGAAAGAGGAGGCGGAGAAGUAAAAAGAAGCCCUGCUCUGUGCUAGGUUCUGAAGCCUAUGCGUCGUCCUCGGGCAGUGCGGAGCCAACGGCGCCUGGCGACGGCGGGGGGUACAUGGAAGUGCCACUGGACUCCUUGGAUCUCCGUGUCAAGGGUGCGCUGACCUCUGACACAGAAGGGCUGGCCAAUGGUCCUGAUGUGGGCGAGACGGAUGGCCUCCAGGAGGUGCCCCUCUGCAGCUGCCGGAUGGAGACCCCAAAGAGCCGGGAGAUCACCACUCUGGCCAACAAUCAGUGCAUGGCCACAGAGAGCGUGGACCACCAGCUGGGCAGGUGCACGAACAGUGUGGUGAAGCAUGAGCUGAUGCGUCCGUCCAGCAAGGCGCCGCUGCUGGUGCUGUGUGAGGACCACCGGGGCCGGAUGGUGAAGCACCAGUGCUGCCCCGGCUGCGGCUACUUCUGCACGGCCGGUAAUUUUAUGGAAUGUCAGCCUGAGAGCAGCAUUUCUCAUCGUUUCCACAAAGCCUGUGCCUCUCGAGUCAAUAAUGCCAGCUACUGUCCCCACUGUGGGGAGGAGACCUCCAAGGCCAAAGAGGUGACCAUUGCAAAGGCAGACACGACCUCCACGGUGACCCUGGCCCCUGGGCAGGAGAAGAGCUGUGCAGUGGAGGGCAGAGCCGACACCACCACGGGCAGCGCUGCUGGCUCCCUGCUCUCCGAGGAUGACAAGCCGCAGAGCCUGGCCCCCCAGGUGCCGGAGGGCUUCGACCCCACCGGGCCGGCUGGGCUGGGGAAGCCGGCGCCGGGCCUCUCUCAGGGGCCCGGGAAGGAGACCCUGGAGAGCGCACUCAUCGCCCUGGACUCCGAGAAACCCAAGAAGCUCCGCUUCCACCCGAAGCAGCUGUACUUCUCGGCGCGGCAAGGGGAGCUGCAGAAGGUGCUGCUCAUGCUGGUUGACGGGAUUGACCCCAACUUCAAAAUGGAGCAUCAGAACAAACGUUCGCCCCUGCAUGCCGCGGCGGAGGCUGGCCACGUGGACAUCUGCCACAUGCUGAUCCAGGCGGGAGCCAACAUCGACACCUGCUCCGAGGACCAGAGGACCCCGCUGAUGGAGGCGGCGGAGAACAACCACUUGGACGCGGUGAAGUACCUCAUCAAGGCCGGGGCCCUCGUGGAUCCCAAGGACGCAGAGGGCUCGACCUGUUUGCACCUGGCUGCCAAGAAAGGCCACUACGACGUGGUUCAGUACCUGCUCUCAAACGGACAGAUGGACGUCAACUGUCAGGAUGAUGGCGGCUGGACACCCAUGAUCUGGGCCACUGAGUACAAACACGUGGACCUCGUGAAGUUGUUGCUCUCCAAGGGGUCCGACAUCAACAUCCGGGACAACGAGGAGAACAUCUGCCUGCAUUGGGCGGCCUUCUCGGGCUGCGUGGACAUUGCCGAGAUCCUGCUGGCCGCCAGGUGCGACCUGCAUGCGGUGAACAUCCACGGGGACUCGCCCCUGCACAUCGCAGCCAGGGAGGACCGCUACGCCUGUGUCGUCCUCUUCCUGUCCCGGGACUCGGACGUCACCCUGAAGAACAAGGAGGGGGAGACACCCCUGCAGUGCGCCAGCCUCAACUCGCAGGUGUGGAGCGCCCUGCAGGUGAGCCAGGCUCUGCGGGAUGCGGCCCCCGACAGGCCCGCCCCGGUGGAGAAGACGGUGAGCAGGGACAUCGCUCGGGGCUACGAGCGGAUCCCCAUCCCCUGCGUCAACGGUGUGGAUGGUGAGCCGUGCCCCAGCAACUACAAGUAUGUGUCUCAGAACUGUGUGACGUCCCCCAUGAACAUCGACAGGAACAUCACCCACCUGCAGUACUGCGUGUGCAUCGACGACUGCUCCUCCAGCAACUGCAUGUGCGGCCAGCUCAGCAUGCGCUGCUGGUACGACAAGGACGGCCGGCUGCUGCCCGAGUUCAACAUGGCAGAGCCGCCCCUGCUGUUCGAGUGCAACCAUGCCUGCUCCUGCUGGAGGACCUGCCGCAACCGCGUGGUGCAGAACGGCCUCAGGGCGAGGCUGCAGCUCUAUCGGACGCAGAACAUGGGCUGGGGCGUCCGGUCUCUGCAGGACAUCCCGCUGGGCACCUUUGUUUGCGAGUACGUCGGGGAGCUCAUCUCUGACUCGGAGGCCGACGUGCGGGAAGAAGACUCUUACCUCUUCGAUCUUGACAACAAGGACGGAGAGCUGUACUGCAUCGACGCGCGUUUCUACGGCAACGUCAGCCGCUUCAUCAACCACCACUGCGAGCCCAACCUGGUGCCCGUGCGCGUGUUCAUGUCCCACCAGGACCUGCGCUUCCCGCGGAUCGCCUUCUUCAGCACCCGCCUGAUUGAGGCCGGGGAGCAGCUGGGCUUCGACUAUGGGCAACGCUUCUGGGACAUCAAGGGCAAGCUGUUCAGCUGCCGCUGCGGCUCCCCCAAGUGCCGGCACUCCGGGGCCGCGCUGGCCCAGCGGCAGGCCGGCGCCCAGGAGGACGGGCUGCCCGACACCAGCUCCUCGCCCGCCGACCCGCUAUGA